AUGGAUCCAUUGGCCAUCUCAUCUGAGGACCAAGAUGUGCCUUUUAAGUAUCAUUGGUGUGGCAAAGGUAGUGGCUAUGUUCAUGGCUGGCGGGUUUCCAGCAACGCUCAGCUUGAUUCCCACUUGACCAGCCCCACCCCUGAUUCACAAUUUCUAAGACUUCAAUGGGACAGCCACUUGGACAUCGAAGUCCUUGAAACGGACUGGGCUGGAGAUCGAAUCAUUCUUAUAGGCGACUAUGCCGACGCAUUUCCUCCUGGAAUUCUUACCGACGAAGAAGCCAAAGAAUUGGACCCAGCAGAAAGCAUGAGCAGCUGCCGAUGCCAAAAAAGUGACCAGAUUACCGACAAAUUUGAAAGCACGCGUUUUGAGAGGAGGCUGUCAUCAUUCGAACGUCUUCCAUACGAUGCCCUUGACAUCAUCUUUUCUCAGCUUCCGCGACCUUCCCUUGCUGCUUGCGCCCUCCUGAGUACUCGAGUAUAUUCUGCGCCUCAUUGGGAGUCCGUGAGAGUAUUACAUGAAAUCCUCAAACAGCUUCCGCGCCUCGUCUCCCUCCAUGUCCUACCAAGCUGGAUCACCUACGGAGACUUGCCUUAUUGGGAAUACCCAUUCAAACUCCGAAAGAUUAAGUGGGGCUUGAUAAAGGACGAGGGAUCCCAAAAGUUUAUUUCAUCGCAAUCUGGUACCUUGGAAGAGAUAGGAUAUCUGAAAAUAAGGUCCAGUGAUAAAGAGGAGGAUGGCCCCGUCGUCAACGACUACAACUCCGUUGGAAUGCCUACAUAUUGGGAGGAAUGUGAAAGCGAAUCUGAUUCUUGA